AUGACGGACCGCUUGCCGCCAAAUCUGCUGAACCUCUUCCAGCCGCGGCCGCCGCUCCGCUAUCUUCCACCACAUGACCAUCCACUGGAACACCGCCGCACAGCACGAAUCGACGGGGUCGCCAGCUUCUUACCAGCGCUCGAGGAGAAGAAGGAGCAUGAGAAGCAUGCUCCGUGGACCGAGUCAGACCUCGAGCGUCGCGACCGCGAGAAGUUCGAAAAACAAGAGCGACAGAAGUGGCUCGUGACGGAGGGCUUCAAGACGCAGUACAACACAUCUUGUGACAUCAACAUCAUCGGAGAUGCUUUCAAGACGAUCUUUGUGAGCCGUCUGCCUUACGACUGCCGGGAACAGGACCUUCAAGCACAAUUUGGAGCCUUCGGCCGAAUUGAACAGAUUCGCAUUGUGAAGGACCGAGGCAACAACCCGAAGACGAAGGGAAAGCCCCGCGGCUAUGCCUUCAUUCUGUACGAUUCGGAGCGCGGUGCAAAGAGUAAGGCCCCCUCUUCAAUGAUCUUAAGACAUUGCUAACAUACUCAUAGCCGCAUACAAGGCCGCCGAGCGCAUGAGCAUCGGGGGCAGAGAAGUUAUUGUCGACGUCGAGAGAGGCAGGACCGAGCCGGGAUGGAGGCCGCGCCGCUUUGGUGGUGGCCUAGGAGGUCGCAACUACAUCAAGGCGAUACAACAGAGAAGCUAUGGCUUGCCCCCGGGUGCUGGCGGCUUCCCGCGCCGCGGAGGUUUCGAUCGUGGUGGCUUCCGAGGUGGCAGAGGGGGAGGAUUUCGAGGAGGAAGUCGUGGCGGCUUCGGUGGUCGUGGUGGCAUAGGCUAUCAAAAUGGUGGUCCUCCUGGCGCUCCCUCUGGUCCGCGAACCGGACAUGGCGAUGGCGGCGGCUCACGCCUCAAUGAUCGCGGUUCUCGCAACGCCAACUUCGAGCCACUUCCACCGCGUGGUGGCUAUCGUGAUCGCGACCGCGAGCGGGACCGCGACCGAGACCGAGACCGCGACCGCGACCGCGAUCGGAACCGCGACAGAGAUCGAGACUACAAUAGCGGGCAGAAGCGCCCAUUCGACGGCGGCGGCUACGAUGACCCGAGGCAGGCUCGUCGCCGCUACUGA